AUGAACCCAGAAAGGGAAACUUUGUUCCAGGAAUAUCUGGCAAAUCAAGGAACGGUAGUAAAGCCCUAUUAUUGGCAGACACUGAGCAAAAGUUGUGCCAAAUGCCCCUAUCAUAUACAGACAGGUGAAGAAGCAAGAGUCCCUUAUAUGGAAUUUCAUAAGGCCUUUGGAUUCCCAUAUGGACUAAUGAGUCCGCAAAACAAACACCUUAUAUUCUAUGAACUGAGGAGCUUUUCUGGGACAUUAGUCCAAAAGGGCCAUGCAACCAACUGCAUUAAGUAUAACAUCCACCCAGAGUCCAUGUUAUUUGAGAUGGGCGGCUAUCUGGAUGCAGUUACACAUGACUAUGACAGCAUCGGGUACAUAAUUCUUUAUUCAAACUACUCUCCUUGUAAUGAGGCUGAGCACUGCUGCAUAAGCAAGCUCUACAAUUUCUUGUCAAAGUACCCAGACAUUACCCUUUGUGUUUAUUUCUCUCAGCUUUAUCACACUGAGGAUGAUUUCCCCAUGUCCAUAUGGAACUGCGAAGCUUUACGAAGCCUUGCCAGCUUGUGGCCUCACGUGACUUUGAACCCACUAUGUGGUGGGGUCUGGCAUUCCCUCCUUUACAAUUUUGUGAGUGGUAUGCCAGAAGCAACCCUUUAUCAUCCAAUUUUACCUGCAAGAGCAUUAGCUGACCAACAAAAUUCACAUAAAAUUAACAACAUAACAGGAAUGAAAUCUUAUUUAAUGAAAGCAUCUCCUCAGGCAACAUAUGAAAAUCUAAAACCUCAGCAGAAAUUGCAGCAAUACUAUUUUGCUAACACACCCUCUCAGCAACCUUCACAAAUGAUGAACAGCAGAUUGCCACCACUGAUGAGUCACAGCCAUUUGGUGCCUUUUACGAGCAAGUUUCUGCCUUUUGGGGGGCAACAUUUAUAUCCCAAACCUAAAAAUAUUGUAAGGCAUUUAAAGAUGCCUAAGGAGUUUAAUGAUACCAAUCAUUCCCAAACCUUUUCCCAUGGAAGACCUGUUCAGGUGGUAGAAAUCACUGAACGACUUUUAAGUAGCAAGACCACAGAUACCAAAGGAAAAAAAAAAAGUAAAUCCAUUUCUUAUGAAAGUUAA